ACCACCGAAGAUAACACAGACGUCAUGAAGGAUUUCUUCAAAAUCGCGUGCCUGCUGGUGCUACUUAUCAUAGUGGUCCAGUCGCGGCGUCUCGCACGAUCAGAGGAGGAUUUUAGCAAUGAAAGCUCCGAAAGUAAUACUCAAAGCUCCGAAAGUAGUACUCAAAGCUCCGAAAGUAGUGCUGAAAGCUCCGAAAGUAGUGCUGAAAGCUCCGAAAGUAGUAGUAGCGACAGCGGCGAAGGCGGUGGUGGUGGCAGCGAUGGCAGUAGAGACGAGGAUUCUAGCAAUGAAGGCGACGAAGACUGUUCAACAGGUGAAUGUCCAGAGGACAGUUACUGUGAUUCAAAGAAUUACAAAUGCAGAAAAUGUAAGAUGGACUGCACCGAUUCGAACCCUUAUGCAAAGUGCUGUCAGGGACCUGAAAAUUGCGUCGAUGCCGCUCCCGGUGAAUGCACGUGCAAAUAUGAUGGGAUUUUCCCUGAAUGCUGCGAUGAAUCAUGUGGCGUCAAUAAUGAUUAUUGUGAGGACGGCGAAUGCGUCUGCGAAUUCGAAGGAACCUACCCUCAAUGCUGUCCGAACUGUGACUAUGACGAAUUCUGUAAUCAGGCAACGGGACAAUGCGAAUGUUCUUUCGGGGGAGAAAUUGAGACUGGCUGUUGUCCUGAAAAUUGCACUGAUAAUGCCGAGUGCAACGAAGACAAUGGUCAGUGUGAAUGUACAAUUGGCGGAAAUCCCCCUGAAUGUUGUUCUGAUUGUGGUGAUCGUGCACAGUGUAACGAUGGUACAGGAGAAUGUGAUUGUAAAAAUGGAGGAACACACCCGAAAUGUUGUCCCGCCUCUUGUCCCGACAAUUCUGUAUGCUGCGAUCAAGCGACAUGUCCAACUGGUCCACAAGGCACUUCAGUGCAAGAGGGAGAAUGUCACUGUCCUUAUGGUGGAGGAGGUGGCAACUGUUGUCCCGCCUCUUGUCCCGACAAUUCUGUAUGCUGCGAUCAAGCGACAUGUCCAACUGGUCCACAAGGCACUUCAGUGCAAGAGGGAGAAUGUCACUGUCCUUAUGGUGGAGGAGGUGGCAACUGUUGUCCCGCCUCUUGUCCCGACAAUUCUGUAUGCUGCGAUCAAGCGACAUGUCCAACUGGUCCACAAGGCACUUCAGUGCAAGAGGGAGAAUGUCACUGUCCUUAUGGUGGAGGAGGUGGCAACUGUUGUCCCGCCUCUUGUCCCGACAAUUCUGUAUGCUGCGAUCAAGCGACAUGUCCAACUGGUCCACAAGGCACUUCAGUGCAAGAGGGAGAAUGUCACUGUCCUUAUGGUGGAGGAGGUGGCAACUGUUGUCCCGCCUCUUGUCCCGACAAUUCUGUAUGCUGCGAUCAAGCGACAUGUCCAACUGGUCCACAAGGCACUUCAGUGCAAGAGGGAGAAUGUCACUGUCCUUAUGGUGGAGGAGGUGGCAACUGUUGUCCCGCCUCUUGUCCCGACAAUUCUGUAUGCUGCGAUCAAGCGACAUGUCCAACUGGUCCACAAGGCACUUCAGUGCAAGAGGGAGAAUGUCACUGUCCUUAUGGUGGAGGAGGUGGCAACUGUUGUCCCGCCUCUUGUCCCGACAAUUCUGUAUGCUGCGAUCAAGCGACAUGUCCAACUGGUCCACAAGGCACUUCAGUGCAAGAGGGAGAAUGUCACUGUCCUUAUGGUGGAGGAGGUGGCAACUGUUGUCCCGCCUCUUGUCCCGACAAUUCUGUAUGCUGCGAUCAAGCGACAUGUCCAACUGGUCCACAAGGCACUUCAGUGCAAGAGGGAGAAUGUCACUGUCCUUAUGGUGGAGGAGGUGGCAACUGUUGUCCCGCCUCUUGUCCCGACAAUUCUGUAUGCUGCGAUCAAGCGACAUGUCCAACUGGUCCACAAGGCACUUCAGUGCAAGAGGGAGAAUGUCACUGUCCUUAUGGUGGAGGAGGUGGCAACUGUUGUCCUUCAUGUGGGACUGGUGAGAUUUGCUGUAGAGAGGCGACUUGCACGGCCACUGAUGACGUCACCACAGCAAACGCGGGUGAUUGCUACUGUCAAUAUGGCUCAAAGAACGGAAAAUGUUGCCCAUAUUGCCCCGAUGGUAAAUGCAGUGACGUAGGUGGCACCCUUACAUGCGUAAACUGUCCUGACUGCGAAACAUUAACGUCCAACUCCGAGUGUUGUGAGAUUGAUGCAGGCUGUAGCCCGGGACCUAAUGGUGUCGCAGUGUCGAUCAAUGAAUGUUAUUGCCGAUACGGAGGAGGGGCUGGAAGCUGCUGUCCUGAAUGCGGGACUGGUGAGAUUUGCUGUACAGAGCCGACUUGCACGGCCACUGAUGACUUCACCACAGCAAACGCGGGUGAUUGCUACUGUCAAUAUGGCUCAAAGAACGGACAAUGUUGUCCUGAAUGUUCUGGUGACGAAGUUUGUGUCGAAAACAACGGGCAACUUGAGUGUGGUUUCCUUGGAUUCGGUGACACGUGCAGGUCAACGCCUUCCUGUAAUAGACCACUGGGACUCGUGUGCAAAAAUAAUCCAUCGUGCAGCGAUGAUUCAAACUGCAACGAGAAAGUAUGCCGUUGUGAUGAAGUUGAAUGUUAUAAGACCGUUGAUGAGGAGUGUAUUUGUGACAAUACCUGUCAAAACUACGAUAAAAAAUGUGGAAGUACACCUUAAAACAUUUAGCCGAUGAACGCUGACCUACUUUACCUGUAUCCUGACUUUCAUUCCAUUUCAGUUAACUUGUCAUAAAAUAAUGUUUUACUAAUAUUUUCGUCUUUGUUCUUCUGUGUUAAAUAAAAAUAGAUUCUAUUUUAGAAUUUACCUCUCAGUGUCAUUUUGAGCCAAAAAAAAAAUAAAAUGAAAAUAACUUGUGUAACAGUGUAUAUUGAUUAUGUUAGAUACUAUUAUCUAUUACAUACAUCUCGUGCUAGUUAAAUAACAACAUGAUUCGGCUAUUGUCUUUUGUAAAGCUAAUUAAGCGUGUUUUUUAUAAUUAAAGACAAGUUGUUGAAAUAUAUUAAAACGUUUUCAAAUGAGUAUUUGUUCGAAGUUAAACAUAAAAUUAAUUUCGUCUCUCGGAGCUCCUCGGACGUUUUAUUUCUCGAAAAAAAAAUCGGAUGCAUUCCGGUACAUCAGUUUGUAAAUUUUGUGAAUUAUAUCAUGAAUAAAAUGUAGUGUUUUAGAGUUGUAUUUAUUGAUAUAAGUUUAAAUUGAUUGCCCAGUCAAGUGUAUUAUUCUAAACACAAUUAAAAUUCCCAAGAGUGAAGUCAUUAAGUUUAACUGCUAAAUUAAAUUACUACGCGAUUUACUUAUAGCGGACUUAAACAUACCGAUUUCUGAGUAUUUAAACCGUCCAUAUACAUCCGAGCUUGUUUUCGAGAAAAAUGACCGAGGAGCUCUGAAUGUAAUUUCGAAUGGACUUUCGAAUGGACUUAUGAGUUUGUAGGCGGUGUUACUUGAAUGUAUGAAAACAGUUCACUUCCAUUAUUUAGCAGUUUGUUUUGUCAAAUUUUCUUCCGGUCGGGGUCAUAAAUUAGCACUAAAACGUUUCGGUACAUGGGCUAUAUAACAGUUUUUUAAAUCCAAGUAAGUCUAAAAAUUAAUUUGUCUACAGCUAAACAAUGGAAGAUGCAAAAUUUGUUUACUGUUUAAUGCAGUGUAAAUGAAAUCGUAAUCCUUAUCCUUUUGCAGUAUGUAUAUACUUCUUUUUUGUAUUCUUUUAGCUUUUGAAAUGUGUAUAGAAAUACAAGAUUUAUAAAGGUUUAGUUAAAGCCUUCUAUAAGUUACCCUCCCCCCAAAAAAACAACAACAAAAAAACACACACCAAAAAAAACAAAAACAAAAACAUAUAUUCAUAUAUUUGUACACAUCCUUUAUUAAUGAUCUUAAUCUUAUUGCCUAAUUGUUCUAUCAGAUCUCCGAUCUGAGUAUCCUGCUGUGCAGUUUUGGAUGUUUUAUCAUAAAAAUGGUCCCUAAAUAGACCUGAGGCAAUACACGAAUACACAGGAAAUUGGCCCCUACUGUGACACCAGUACAAAUAGCAGGAGAUGCACAGCAGGGGAUCAUAAUACCAAACAUUCCUUAAACUAGGCCUUUAAACUUUUAUUUUAAUGUAGAGUAUAUUGCAAAAUUGUAAACUUGACAAACAAUGAUUUAAAAAAUAGUUUCGAUAGAAAGUUUUCCAUGCAGAGUCAGCAGUUAAAAAUAUUUUGUUAAAAGUAGUUUCUGUCCAGUUUUCUGAAAGGUUUAUUUUAAAUUGGUAUAUUUAUGUAUAUGAUUCAAGCUUUGAAAUGCAUAUCUAAAAUUUAAAACUUUUUGCAUGUAUAUGACAUUGAGAACUUUUAAUUUCUUUAAGCUUUGAACUUAAUGCCUUCAAAUUGUAAUCUUCAUACAUAUAUUCCAUACUUUUGUUCUUGCUUUUGAAUGAAUGUGCUUUAAGAUGUAAUAAAAUUCACGAUCUGUA